GGUGUGCUAUGGAGCAGGCCUAAUGACCUGCUCUCCUCAGCCAGUGGAGGCCUGCCUGAGCGCACCUUUUUGGCUGUGAAGCCCGAUGUGGUGCAGCGGCGGCUGGUGGGAGAGAUAAGAGUGCGGCGCUUCUAGCUAGUGGCACUGAAGCUGGUGCAGGCCUCUGAGGAACUGCUGAGGGAGCACUAUGCUGAUCUGCACGGAUGCCCCUUCUAUGGUCAGCUGGUCAAAUACAUGGGCUCGGGGCCCGUGGUGGCCAUGGUGUGGCAGGGACUGGAAGUGGUGCGCACCUGGCACAGGCCCUUACUGGGCACAGACCCAGUGGAUGCCAAACCUGGCACCAUCCGUGGGGAUUUCUGAGAGGCUGGAAAGAAUUUGAGCCAUGGCAGCGACUCCCAGGAGAGCGUGGCCGGCCAGAAGAUGGAACUCUGGUUCCACAAGGAAGAGAUCCUAAGCUGGGAGGACAGUGCCUCGCAUUGGCUGUGUAAGGAGGAGCUAGCCUGGCGGAAGACCACUCAGCCUGCAGAGCUUCUCUAGGCAGUGGGUGCAGGCCACGCAUCACAGCUACUUUGCAGCAGAGCCACCACCCAGACCCAUAGCACCUGGACUCACCACACUCAUCUCACCCACACUUGUUUUCAUAAUAAAUUGAGAAAAACCCA